GUUGUCCUUCUUCCUCCUUACUCCCAUCAGUCGACACCAUGCCAGUGUGAAGCGCAAACGUUGUUGUCCAUUCGAGAGUAACCUGUAUCUGCCAUUCCUUCAUGCAUUCUCUACGUUCCAAGUGGAUCAUGAAACCCCCUUCUGACACCACAAUCCGUUGGUGGUUUCACACAUGUCACCCCCUCUACAGACUAGCGUUCCGUAUCGUUGUCUUCAGGAUGGCAUUAUUGAUCUAUUCAAUUUUACUCUAGACCUGCUACUACAGCGGCCGGUUUGGUCGAGUUCGAAUUUUCUGUCUACUCGCCAAUCAGUGCGAUACCCUGCGUUAUCUUGAUCCGCCUCAAUGCGCGACACCUUUUGUGCGCAAUCGAUGUCGUUCACAUCUCUCUAUUUUCUUUGGCAUGCCUUUUUCUCCAUGUCAGGACACUCAU